AGCAAUACCCCCACCACUGCCAGUAAAAUUUAUCAAAGCAGCGAGACAAAAGUCAUUUUAUAACUUUGACCAGAACGCGAUAUAAAUAAAAAUAAACAAACCAUGAUGACUGAUGAAACAAUGAUUUAUUGUUUAUGUGGACAGUCAUAUAAUCCUAAUCAGUUUAUGAUCCAGUGUGAUGUUUGUAAAAAGUGGUAUCAUGGAGAGUGUAUCGGCAUCAAAGAGUACGCAGCAAGUGAACUGGACAAAUAUCAUUGCCCGGAUUGCGAAUGUAUUCACGGUCCAUCACUUGCUAAACUAAGAAUGAAUAAUCAUCGUCAUGAGUACACUGACGUUAACGCCGAAUCUAAACCAGUACAGACGGGUACAUCUGUUUUUAUACAUGAAUUAAAGUCCAGACACUUUCCAAAAGCUGAUGAUGUUGUCAAACAUGUGAGAGGACAGCAGUUGACAUUACAAUAUUUACAAACAAAUGGAUUUGAAACCCCUGUUAUUAUUGACAGUAAAGAAGGUCUGGAUAUGACUCUCCCUCCAUCAACAUUCACGGUCCAAGAUGUUGAAAAAUAUAUCGGCGGUGACAGGGAGAUUGAUGUCAUUGAUGUGUCAAAACAAAAUAACAUCAGAAUGAUACUGAGAGAUUUUGUUGAGUAUUACACUGACCCUCUUCGGUCACGAGUCCUCAAUGUCAUUAGUCUAGAGUUCACUGACACUGGUUUAUCACCAUUGGUAGAGGCUCCGCUGAUUGCCCGAAAGCUGGACUGGGUGAACUCAGUUUGGCCGCGUGAGAUCUCGGAAAACUGUCAACUGAAACGUCCUGAGGUACAAAAGUACUGUCUGAUGAGUGUGAGAGAUAGUUUUACUGACUUUCACAUCGAUUUCGGCGGCACGUCUGUGUGGUACCACGUGCUGCGAGGCGAGAAAAUUUUUUAUCUCAUCAGACCGACGCCGGCUAACUUGCAAUUGUAUCAGCAGUGGAUGAGCAGCUCCAGUCAGAGUGAGACAUUUUUUGGCGACCAGGUUGACGCCUGCUACAAGUGUAUUAUCAAACAGGGGCAUACUAUGAUGAUACCCACGGGAUGGAUUCAUGCUGUGCUGACUCCAGUUGACUCGCUUGUCUUUGGCGGGAAUUUCGUGCAUAGUCUCAACAUUCCUAUGCAAAUACAAAUAUAUGAAUUAGAACGUAAAAUGAAAACUCCAAAAAAAUUUCAAUAUCCUGGUUUUGAAACAAUAAACUGGUUCGCGGCUAAGCGAUUACUCAAGGACCUAAAGGAGUUAAAUCGCGAAGAUAAAAAAUGCCCUACUUAUUUUUUACAAGGCAUCAAGGCUCUUCUCGCUGUACUUAAGCAAUGGAAUACCGACAAAGACUACAGCACAUUCAGUCGGGGCCAAAUCCCGCCGUCGGUUAAUAGUCAAAAAUUAUUGAAAGAGUUGAGCAAAGAAAUAAGACACGCAGAGCGGUUUCUCUUGGCUCUGAACCCGCCGAAACCAGAGCGCGAGAGCAAAAGGAAAAAAAAGAAACCGAUUAAUAAAGACUUUGUUAACUUUGAUGUCGCUGAUAAAAUGUCUGAGAACGCUUUCAAAGCGACGAUAGGUAAAAUAAAAGUUGAAAAUUCACCAGUUAAAAAUCAAUCGCCCAUUAAAUCUUGUUUGAAAUUAACUCUGCCUAAAUCUGCGUCUUAUCCUUUCAAUAAAUCCGUGUGCUCUGAUAUAAUGGAGAGUAAAGCGUCCGCGGAGUCACCGGGUUACAAACGUACGAUAAGUAAACAAGGGAAACAAAGUCCCACGGUGAUAAGAUUCAAACUGGGUGAUAAUGAAGUCGUACGUAGCACCAAUGACAAAGGAAAUGUAUUCGGUAAUUUUGCGAUUGACCCAACGGUUGAAACCCAAAAGGAGUUCACGUGGAAGCAAAGUUCUAUUUAUGAUUUUCAUGACGGCAGUAAUGAGAGUGACUGCGGUAAAUUUACAAUUGACGAGGGCCCGAAGCGUAAGAAGUCUUGCAAAAAUAGUUCGCAUAAAAAAGCCAAGAAGUCUGUUAAUAAUGCUGGCAAUCCCGUCACUGUUGACGUACUGAGCGACGUACCUAAGAAUGGUAUAGAGGAGCUUCUAAAAGCAUCAGCAUACACAUUGCCGUCGACUGGUAGCAGAUUGGAACCUAGUGUUCCGAUGUCAAUCUUACAGACCCAGCUGACGAUUCCACCCCCAGUAGGUUCUGACAGGGCAUCACCGUCGACGCGCGAGGCUAUUGCCGGAAUGCUUUCAUUCAGCGAGCAGUGCUACUCCACCGAGUCAGGAAGUUCGAAAAAAAGUGAUAAGUCAUCGAGGAAAGUAGAGUAUGAUGAUGAAGAUGAUCAGUCUAUUGAAAAUAUUGAUAAGGUCCACCAGGAUGAAGACUUCAUCUAUCCGGCUUUAGAUGCUUCUGAUGACGAGGAAUAUAUUUUCAAACCACGAGGAAAGAGACGAGUAGAUGAGGCAUGGAAUCCUAAAGCUCGUGUUGGACCUCUUCUGCCCAAAACCAACCGACCGGCUCGCGAAGGCGCCAAGAAAACUUCUGUAGAAAAAGGACUUGAAGCUGCUGCUGCCAAACGCGCUAAACAUCCCAAUCAAAAGACAAGUCCGAAACGAACGUACAAUAAAUCGAAAAAAAAUCCUGCUUCAAAUGGAAUUAUUCCUACAAGUUCAUUAAAACACGAAGAACCACCUGCUGAGCCAGUCCAAGUGCCCACCGGAUUUACUUCGAUUUUAACGAGCCCCAAUAGACUGAAAGAUGUUAAAGCUAAACUAGCAGCCCCAGUUCCCGUUGAGCGGAAACCAAGAAAAGGUAUGAAGACUGCGAAACAACGCUUAGGAAAAAUUUUAAAGCUUCAUAAAAUGAUGCAUUAAAAUAAAUGACUUCGCAUUAUUAAUUUUAAUAAUUUCUUUUGUACAAAAACAAACGUUAGCUGUAAAUUAUAGUGUAAAUAUUUAUUAUCUUUUAUUUUCAUCACAUUUAAUUUUAUAUUAUAUUCAAGUGUCAUUCAUCAUUAAAGUAGGGGUCAAAUAGUAUAUUACACACCCAGGGAAGUAAAGUAAGAAAUGUCUCAGAUCACAUGUAAUUGUUGGCCGAG